AUGGCGUCGAAAGCAUGUGGGCAAAUUGACGAUAAGCAGCGGAGAUAUAUAAGUAAAAUACCAAUUUUAAGUAAAAACUACAAGGACAGUUUAAGAAAUGUAAAACAUAAGCGUCUAGAUAUCGAAAGAAGAGAAGCAGAAUUGAGUUUGAUGCGAAAAGAAUUGUUGGAAAUGUCAGAAGGAAGGCCAUCGCCAACGGUAUAUUUAACAGUUGAUCAUGGAGAUGAUAAUGGUCAAUCUGUAACAACAGAAUUAUUAAAACCUGCGCCAGCGAGUACCACAUUAAUACCGUCAAAAAGUGGUGUUGAACCACUUAGAAGCGUUAUUAUCACUCCAAAUGGAACGAAACGGAGAGGUAAGGCUAUUUAAAUUAAUUCAAUAUUUAUGUAUUGAAGAAUGUAAUUGUCAAUUGUGUAUAAAACAGUCAAAAUACAAGAAAUUUAAUCCACCUAUUCUGUUGUUAUUUUUUUUAAUUUGUUCUGUGUUGUUCUGUAUUAGUAUGGAAGUGGAAAGAUUCUUGUAUUUUGACUGUAAAUGUUUUUCUAGUUAAUCGGAUUCAUCGUAAGUUCAGUUUGGAUUUGGAGAAAAUUCUUCAGACCUGUGUGACAGUUGCAGAGGGAAAAGAGCUGAAAGUGUGUGAUCUGUUUGACAAGCUUGAGGAAGUCUCACCAGGGGUGAAGAGAAUCGAACGUGAGAAAGUCCUACGCACGUUUGGUAAAAUAUUUCGUACUAAGCUCCAGCAUAAAGGACAACAACGAGAGUAUGUUAUUAGCUGAAUUCAUAUUAGAAAACGGAUUUACUCGCCUCAGACGAGAAACUCGUCUUGAUAUGAAUUCGGUUACUGUAAUGACAGGUUUUCCAUCUCAACUCUUCCGUCUAACUUUCCUGUUUGAACGACGGGAAAGUUAGACGAGUUUCUCGUCUUAGACGGAAAUUUAAAUUAGAUGAAUAAAUCAAGACGUCUUUCUGCUCGUAACAUCCAAAAGAGACAGGGAUGGAGGGUCUCUUAUUUUUUCGGGUUUAUCCGUCUGAUAGUUUUCGUUUCAUACUUAUACCAGACGGAAAUCCGUCACACGAGUUUCCCGUCUUAGAUGGAAACCUGUUUUCUAAUAUGAAUUCAGCUAUUAUAUAAAGUUUUGAAUAAUUCUAUUAUUACAGAUACACUUUAUUAUUAGUAAUAUAACUAAAUUUAAACACUUGAAUGGUUUAAUGCAUUUCCAUGAUAAUUAAUAAUUAAAGAUUUGUUUUGUUUUUUGUUUUUUUAUUUUCCAGAGGAUACUACAGUGGUCUUACACUUAUUUCUACUGCUAGCCCGGCUGAUAGUGGAUUCGAUAAUGCUAGUAACAACAAAGGUGAAAGGCAUUGUUGCAAAAUUGCAUGGUGAUAUAUGAUGUAUUUCAAAUAUUUACAGUGUAGAGCAUAGAAGUUAGUACGAUUUUAUAAAUGCACAUGUAUAUGAUUCACCCCCUACUAUAUUUACUACAUGUUGGAUUGGAAUUAAAAAUGUUAUAAUUUAUAUUUUUAGACCAGCCUGAAAAAAUUGUGUCGUCCCCUCAACACAAAAUGAGAAAAGGUAUUAUGUAUGCUAAAUAUGUACAGGGAACGGUAUAGGGGGCAAUACUAUGUUUUUCAGUUGGUCACAAUUUUUACACAUUUGUCACAACAUGUAUAAUGUAGAACUUACAUAGUAGAUUCUGUUCAUUUAUUUAUUUAUUUAUUUAUUACACUUUGCCACUUACAACAAACAAGUGGCAGGGUCACCACAACAGUAUACACCAAUUACUGUGUGCCAUUUAACCCAAUAAGCGCCAGCGCUAGCCUCUCCCCUUGACGAGUAAAAUCGUCUGGCAUUAGACAGAGUAAAAUACUAAAGUAGAGUGCAUCAGGGUGCAAGCCACUCAAUGGGUUAAAAAUUGAUAAAUUUUAAGAAUACAACAGUAUAGGGGCCUUGGUGGCCAAGUAUUAGGGGCCUUGGUGGCCAAGUAUUAGGGGCCUCGGUGGCCAAGUGGUAGCGCACUUGCCUUUCACCUCUAAGGUCGCAGGUUCAAAUCUCAAUGAGAAUUUCUCAAUGUGACUCGAACCCAGUCCUCAUGUGAAAAGAGAAAAAAGUCAACGCUCUGCCGAAAGUUGUGGGUUUUCUCCAGGUACUCCGGUUUCCUCCCACAGGGAAAGUUGACAGGGUGGGUUAGGCACAUAUUUCGGUGUAGGACUUCAAAUCUUCAAUUGGGACUAAUGGUUCUGUGUCCUUCACCUGUCAUUGAAAAUGGCAACUUCAUUAAAUUCAAAUUCAUAUCACAAUACAAAACUACAUUGCACAGUACAAUAUUGAAUAUAAUGCAAUGCAACACAAUGCAACACAACGCAAUGCAAUGCAAUGCAAUACAUAGCAAGAACAAUAUUCAACUUCCAUUGCCACUACCGCCACCAACAAUAUUAUAGUUUACUGAGCUAACCAAUCAUGCACACCAGGUCAGCGAGAGGUAGCGGUAAGUGGUGGCAAAAUCCAAAUCCCAAACUCGCUAAAACAACAAGAGAUUGGACUAGCCAGACUUCAAGCCUUGUUGCAUUUUAGGCAGAUAUAUUUCCAUGUUGUGGAUUAUCAUGAUCAUAGAUUAUAUUUAAUUAAAGCAGUACGGUAAUAAUUUAGUAAUAAAGAUAUAAAUUUGACUAAGCUUAAAGAUUAAUGUAUCAGUUUGUCAAGCACAGUGUUCUAUAUCUUGGUUGAUCUGUUGAUGAACGAGCGUUGAAAUGGCACCGUUUUGCAUUUUGUCUCACAGAGCAGGAUGCUUUCUGGAUUGCUUGUGGCUCUUGUCCUUCCCGUGUUCCUAAAGUUCCUUUCUGGAAUACUGAAUGUCAUUGCUAACAUGCACCAAACCAUUCAUCAUCUUGAAUGGUUUGGUGCAUGCUAACGAUGACAUUAUUUCAGAAAGGAACGUUGGGAACAUGAGAAGAACAAGAGCCACAAACAACCCAGAAAGCAAUAAUCGCAGCAAACCUUUUGAAUCCCAAAAUUUGUUUCAGCAGAAGCUGAUUACUAUGCAGAAGCUCAGCCAUAUUGCAGAAGCCACCUAGACUUUGAUAAAGGUACAGCAGUUUCUUAUUUUUAUUUGUUGGGGUUAGGGUUCGAAUUGUUAUUGUAUAUGGCUAUUGUUAGUGUAAACUAUAUAAAAGUAUACAAGUUAGGAUAAAAAUUUAAAAAUGCAUGUUGUUUUACUUGCCAGUUACGGGCAGUCAGGCAGUGUUUGUUUUACACCAUUCAACUUAUGUGGUAAUACAUUAACUUUAUAUUUAUAAUUCCAUUGACAAUAUUUUCCAUAUUAAAUGCAGUUUCUAACCAAGAUGACUGUGGGAUAGUGUUGCAAAUGGAUGAAUUGAAUUUGUCAAGUUCAGGUACAUGUACAAGUAUGUUAUUUAAAUUUAGCAGCAAUGCCAAUGAAAAUACUUGUUAUUUUUAUAUGGUUACAUAUAGUAAAUUAAAUGCACACAGCAGAGGAUGUUUUUGCCCAGCUUACAAACCUUUUUAAAAGUAUUUGUUAUAGACCUUUUUUAUAAUGAAAUCAAAUGCAGAAUACUGGAUGUUACAUGAUAUUCGAUUGGCCGAACAAUAAUGAAAGUGUUUUCUUCAAACCAGAUCUGCCAUCCCAGUUUGCUGAACUGAGGGAAGAAUUAUCUAUUGCCCAUCAGAAAAUAGAAACCUUGACAAAAGAAGCAGAAACUUCGGAACUCGAUCGACAGGCGCUUCGUACACAACUUACUAAAUUGUAUGAAUAUAUAAAUAAGUAUGAAACUGCUGCUACCAAAACAAUUAAUAUGCAAGAUGAAGUAAUUGAGAUAUUCAAGGACAUUGUUGAAACUGGAAAGAUGCUAGGUGGUUUGCUAUCUAUAUCUGAAAGGGAUAUAAUUAGAGAAGAAGUUGAGAAAACGAAGAAGAUGUUCAAUCUGGGCCUGAGAGAAAAGAACGUAACUGAUCUCAAGAGUAAAUUUGAUUCAUUGUUGUUUACAAAACUUGUUGAAAACCUACACAGGGAAUGUCCUACCAUUACAAACAUUUUAGAGCAACUAGUACUCUCCUUUAAUGCCUCGAGGAAUACAAAAAAAACAGUUGAUAUGAAAAUGAAGGCAUCAGUUCACCUGCUGGCAUCUCUGAUGGAUGUAAGAGACCAAAGAGCAGGGAAUGAUAUCCCGGUGUUGUUUGGCUUCCUCUGUCUUUGUUAUGGAGCUGGACCAUCGGCAAUUGCAGUGUUUCAGCAUUUAGGGCUGUCAGAAUCAUUUCAAGUUUUGUGAGUACUUAUAUACUGUUUCAUUAACCUACUGUCCAUUCACUGUGUUCAUUCCCAUUUCAUUGCAAUCUUUUGUCAGUUUUGUGGUUAUGUUUACUCUGCUAUAUUGACCCUAACUGAUUGUAAUUUGUAAACAGGCCUGCUGUCCUCGCAAAUUGGACAAAGCGUUUUUACACUGUACUUAAAGUAUACCAUAAUUAGCAGCAAAUUGCUCACUAAUUUUGAGAACUGUUGUAAUUCGGCAUACAAACUUAACCCUUUAUGUGGCAAUGCACCCCGAAUCGAUGCACCCUACCUCUAACACCAGACGAUUUUUCUUGUCAAGUGGAGAGUGGUGCCACUCAAUGGGUUAACCAAACUGCUCGUGCAUCCUAUUAUCCAUUUACAGUCUAUUUCACGAAACUUUGACCACAAAUGUUCCGAACUUCGUUCCGAAGUUCGUUGAGAAGUUCGGAAGUUCAUAUUGGAAUUCACAAGCCAAUUUGUAAACAAAGUCCCUGAUUGGUCCGCGAAGUAAAAGAAGCCAAUCAAAUGCAUAGUUUACAAACUGGUUUGUGAAUCUCAUUUUCAACUUCGCAACGAAGUUCGGAACAUAUGUGGUCAAAGUUUCGUGAAAUCGACUGUAAGUGGCAAUGCGCUCUACUUUAGUAUUUUACUCUGUCGAACGCCAGACGAUUUUACUUGUCAUGUGGAGAGUGCUGCCACUCGAGUGGUUAUAACCAACGCGUCAAGACAUUUAGAAUUUUAAGUUUUAGAAUUUUACAUUUAGUUUUUAUUAACCAGGACUGGCAUUCUAAAGAAACAGCUCGAGAGUUAUAAAGACAUAAUUGCCAGUCGUGUGUCAUGUGAUAAUCCUGUUAUCACCUACCAAGAUAACAUGCAACUGAAACGAACUUCUAUGAGACAUUUGCGACUCUCUAAAUUACAAAAAGAAAAGCUGAAGCAGGGAAAGAUGUGGGAUUUUACUGUCAGAGGUUGGCGAGUAGCUACCACAUGUGACAUUGAAAAUCUGUUUGAAGGUGAACAAACUGCUGUCCUUCCACAGAGAGAAGUACGAAAACUACAAUAUGAGGACACCAAAAUAGGUGAAGCUUAUUUCAGUGCAAUAGCUUUUAUAGUUUUUGCGUUACAGGAAAUCAAACAGGGCAUAGAUCUUUUGGGACACCCGGUAUAUGGUAAUGUAGUGUAUUGUACUCUACUAUAUAUAUAGAUAAUUGAUAUAAUACGCAAUUAUCUUAUGUUUUAGAAAGCAACAAGGAUCAACACAAAAAAUGGCAGUCGUUCAAGAAGAGAAAUGCUUUACGCAAACUUUCUUUUGGUUUGAAUUCGGUGCGCCUGUCAAAAGAGGAACUAACCGAAGCAUCAAGCGAUGUUCUACAAUCGCAAGAGGCUGAGACCAGACCGCCCUUGUACGUCAUUGAUAUACCACCUGUAGAAGAAGAUUUUCCCCAUCUAUCUGGAGAUAAAACAAAUGUAUAUCCGUUGCCAAUAUCUCACGAGAAUCAAUGCAAGAUUGUUGGAGUGGCCAGCAAUUUGGAUCUUUUCGCAAACGAGUUUGGAUUCAAAAUAAAUAAAGCGAAGAAAUAUUUACCACUUAAACAAAAUGGUAAAGAGUUUGAUUUAGAUCGUGCUUACGAAAGAUAUGCUUUCAUUAAGUCACUGGAACAGCAUAAGUUACAGCAAUCGCGGUAUGAACAAAUUCUAAGACAUCCUCGCGAUAUUGACAGUGAACAGCAAAUGUUUGAUAUAUCUUCUGGUGAAGACAACGAGAAUAUCACAGACGACGAACAGGACGAUGACUAAUAACAGUAUGCAUCAACCAUAAAGCUGGAGUAAUACGAUCAACAAAAUUGCUGCAACUUGCAACAAAAUCUGAUUUCAACGCAUGUUAAGUAGAAAUGUUGACACAUACUGCCUCGUGAUUAUGUAUGUGUGAACAUUUCAAUUAACAUGCGUUGAAAUCAGAUUUUGUUGCAAGUUGCAGCAAUUUUGUUGCUCGUAUUACUCUACCUCGUGUAUGAGAGAUGCUUGUGUACAUUUACAAUUAUAACUGAACAAAAUUUUCCUUUGCAUUUGCGUAAUUUAUCAUACAUGUAAUCUUAUUCCAUUCAAAGUUUCUUUAACGACUAUAGCCGUAAUGGCCUCUGCCUAAUCUAGUGUGU